GCAAAUAGCAUCCAAAUCAAAAUUGCAUUCUUUAAUCAUCAUUUACUCGUUUCCUUAUUUUUGCGAUUUUAUAGUUUUCUUAAAAAAUAUGUGCACUUUGUUUGUGCAAUUGAUUAACUUUUGCUUAUUUUUGCGCAACUUAUUUUCUCUAUUCCCUUUUAAGAUUUUAAAUUGCUUGGGGAACCUAAAUUUGCGAAUAGGCCUAAUAUCGCCUAUUACAUGAACCUCAGGUGGGAGCGUCCGACAGAAUAUUAAGCAGAUAUUUAGCAAGGUUAAAUCGGAUAUCUGUAAUUAUUUUGUCGAGCUUGUGAUAUUCGGCGACGUGCAUUAAUAUUCUUUUCUUGAAGUAGCUGAAAUUUUUUAUAUUGUUUUUUUAGUAAAUUUCUUUCAAAUACAGUUCAAUGUUAUUAAAUCUUAUUACGCUAUGAACUUUGUGCAAACAAUUUUAUGUUACGAUUUAUAUCUUAAAAUUAAAGCUUCAAUUUCCUGGUUUGCCACUGUUCCUAUUGUUAAAGUAAAGUCUGAAGAAAUGGAUAAUUCGAAUAUCAGUUCUCCAGAGAUCCACUUUCAUUUAAUCAUUAAUUAAGUCGUUCGAUUUAAUUUAAUCAGUAAAGAUAACUGAUUGGUCAUUUAUUAGAUUAUUCGCUAGAAUUAGUUCUCACAAAAUAUCUAAGCAGUUAUCAUUCUGGAAAUUAUUCGCGAAAUUGCAAAUAUUAAUUUCGUCGAAAAUUUAGUCCUUUAAGGUAAUACAUUUUUUCUGAAUUUUUUUUUCAUCCCUUGUUCUGUCAACAUUUUCAUCAAUUUUUGUCAUCUCUGCUAAAUGCCACUGUGACUUAGUAUUUCUUCAUCUAAUAGAGGUAACCUUCAUCAUCUGAUAGGGACGGCACCGAUAGUAUGUGUUACUAUCAUGGUCUGCAUUAUCUUUUCAAAUUACUUUUAGGGAAUUCUUCACCCUUUACUCCCUUGUCUGGGUAAAUUAAAAAUUUUUCUUUCCAUUUGUAAAUUCAACUUCAAAGUAUGUUCAAACUUAUCUGAUUGAUUUCAUCGGCCUUUGUUGUCUCUGCUUUUACAAAAUUUUCUAGUUGUGAAGUUGCAACCGAUUGUAGGUUGAAAUUAUUGCUAAAAACCAUUUGAUUUGAUGUAGAUAAUCUUGGCAAAUAUAGCCUAUGCUAUGAACAUUUUAAAGUUACAUUUGUUAUCUUUUUAGUUCUCGUCAUCUAUUCAUAAAGGACAGGAUGGUUCCGUUCAACCAUUCCUUUAUUACAAUAGUGUCUCAUCAGAAGUUUUUCAUGUCUUAAUGUUAACCUCUUCAUGCGUUUUACGAAUUCAUUCAUUACGCAUCCUUAAGUAGGCAAUCCAAAUUUGAAAUAUUCUGAUUAAAACAAGUGCCUUAAAUAAAGAUUAUAAAGUGUUACCCUGACUGACUGGCAGUACAGUGUAAUAUUCAAUUGUUUCAAGGGCAAGAGAGGUAAUUGUAGAUUGUUGAAGUUGGUUGAUUGUGUAAAAAAAUCAUUGAAAGAGAUUUAUGAGUUACUUUGAAUUGAUAUAGGCAGGAUGCAAUUUGAUUUCGUUCAAGUGCGUGGCGCUAAAGCUACAAUAUUCUAACUCAGAAAGCUUUGAAAAAAGUAUAGUAAAGUCUAAGCAUUGACUUGUAGUAUAUAGGCAACAAAAUGAUUUCAGCUCAUUGUGAGAGAUGUGUAGAACUUCUGUUACUUAGGCGAUAUGUUGGGUAAUGGGUGUUGGAAAAAGUGUUACUUGCAGGAAACGUUCUGCUUGGAAAACAUUUAGAGAGGUACUUCCUUUGAUAACAAGCAGAGUUUUGUUGUUUCAGAGAUAAGGGGCUUCGUAUGAGACGUGUAUACAGUUAUUAUGUUAAACGAGAUUGCACAGUGAAGCAGGAAGUUUUUGAUUGUUUAAAAGAAAAAAGAUAUGAUGAUGGUUAGCUGAAUGUGUCACUGCUGUUUGAAGUCAGGAAGCGUUCACAUAAGCUAAUAAGCAUAGAAUCUAGGCUUUUGAGUGUCUGAAUAUCUUAGUUUAUAAUACCAUCUAUUAUCGAUGCUAUCAUCAUUAUUUAAACCCAUCAAAAUAAUCCUUAUGUCACGCGUGUUAGUUUCUGUUGGAUCUUUCUUGAGGUGUGCGUAUGGACCGUUGUUAAUGUGGUCAUAACAUUUAUCAAGAUAACUCUUCUUGUCUAAAUGACCGUCGUUAGGCCUCUAUUUGCUGACAAGAUCAUCAUAUCGUUAUCCUUUCUUAAUUUAGACAGUGUAAUGCACUCCUCUUUUGUCAUGUUUGUAACUUUUAAAUUUUGUUGAGUCAGGCUAAUUUUCGCACGAACAGUGUCUGCUUCCUUCUUUGACAAUACUUUAACUGCCUGUUCUGCACUUGCAACAAUUUCUUUAGUUAGUAAACUUGUUAAAGUUAGACAAUAAUAAAACACUACUCUCUUUCUCCGAAAGUUGUUUAGAAGAAAAGAUCGUGACCUACUUCGAUGUAUCAAUGGAAGUACAGUGGAAUCUCUCUAUCUCGACUACUCUCUAUCUCGAACUUCUCUCUAUCUCGAACUAAAGUCUCGGUCCUUUUGUGGUCCGCCUAAGGUAUUUUCCUUUCUUUAUCUCGAAGUUUCUCUAUCUCGAACAAAAUUUUGGUCCCUUGCGAGUUCGAGAUAGAGAGAUUCCACUGUAAUUUCAAUAACCACUGGUCUAUUGAUAUUUUUUAGGUGUCUGGUUUUGCACAAUCUCAUUUCUUUGUCACAACUACCUUUGUGAAAUUUUAUCUUUUGGUCGUAAUGAUCACCUGACGGUGCCCCAUUUUAUUCGGCGGAUCAUGUCUCACCACAAGAUCCGUUUUCACUUUGCAGUGUAGACGCAGGUCUUUCGGAAUAACGUCGUUGUGAGGACAACGUAAAGAAAAUCUUAGAUGAUUUAAAUAACCUGUGAUUUUCAAUCUAUUUUUUUCUAACCACAUGGGGCUCCAUAUUACUGUUUAAUAACUUUAAAAAUAUUACCACGGUUCUGGAUAUCAGGAAACGUAAAAAAAACCAUAAUUGUAUAGACAGAAAUACUCAUAGCAAUAGUUUUUCCUAUCAACUUCCAGAAAUAUUGUUACCAGCACUUCGAAAAGCGAAUACUUAGAAAUCGAAUACUUGACAAACUACGAGACAAACGUAACAAAAACCGAACUUUUAGAAAAAGGAACGUACCAUAAAGCAACAUUUAGAAAAAGGAAAGAUUUUAAUCAAUCUAUGCUUUCAUCUGGGUCCGUAAAAAAAAGUUAAUUACUUUAAUUGCUGUGAUCUGAUUGGUUGAUUUCGAUUCUCUAAUUAUCUUCUCAACUAAUAAAUAGCCAAAGAUGAUUACCAUCAUUCCCUUCGAUGACAGCUGUGGCUGUCGAAACGUAGCCUAGAAUAAACUGGCUGUACGUGACAUGAUGAUAUCUAUUAUCAAUAAUGAUGGCGGAACAGAUUGUUUAAGGCAAAAUUAUUAUAUGAUACAUUACUUUGCAGCUUUUUUUUUGCCCAUUCACAUGCGAAAGCUUCAUAAUAGAAAUGUUUUUUAACUGUAAUAUAUCUUUACCAACACAAGUUUAAUCAUGCGAAACAUCAAUUGCCAUACUUUAUUUUGUCAUGGAAAGCAUAUUUGAUUUACAAUAAAAAGUAAUUGUCCAGCAUUUUUCCAUCCAUCGUAAUCAUCUUUCCAGACAAUUAAAAAUAAAGGAGACAUAUUUUACCAACUCUUGCUCACUUUCCAGUUUCCAAACAACUUUCAAAGAUUUCACUGUAAAAAUAUUUUUCAUCCCAAUCCCUAUUCUCCUAAAAAUACCUUGCCAGUUUCUUUUGUUUCCACUGUGUGUUGAUAAGGUUUUAUGCUGGGUCAUCUGUUGCUGUAUACCUCAGGGCUAUUGUUAAAGGGUUUUUUCACUGGUAAUAAUGCCUUAUUGCCAUCCUGCCACUCACCGAAGUACUGUUACUUCGCUUACAUCUCAUUGUAGGUCAAUUUUGCUACCCUUAAUUAACCUUUCAUGUUUACUGGAGAGAUUCAGUUGUUAACAAAAUAUCAUGCCCUGCUUUUUUCAUUUAUUUCAAGAUAUUGCCUAUUUAUAUCUCCGUAUCAUUAAAAGCCACUGUUUAUUUGUAAGGUAAACAAUGUAUUGGAAGUUAAAUUGUUUUAUUAUAUCUUAUUAUUGUUUUAUUAUAUCUAUUUUAGACAUGUUUAAAAUUGUAUUUGUUUGUUUGAUUGCACUUAUAUGCAUGGAGCACUAGUACUAAAAAGUUUUACUUUUCAGCAAUUUGUCUAAAUUUUUAGCUGUAUAAACAAAAAACUUGGUGAUGUCUAGACGAAAUCAGAAUCCACAUGGGUUCACUUUUACAGCUGCACCUAGUUGUGGAUUGUUUGGUGCAACUAGCCCUAAACAUUUUGGUGCAACUCGCCCUAGACAUUUUGGUGCAACUCGCCCUAGACAUUUUGGUGCAACUAGCCCUAAACAUUUUGGUGCAACUAGCCCUAAACAUUUUGGUGCAACUAGCCCUAAACAUUUUGGUGCAACUAGCCCUAAACAUUUUGAUGCAGCUACUCAACCAACAAGUUCGUCGUCUCGCAACAUUUUAACUAAGGAUCUUUUGACCUACUAUGACAUGAAUGAUGAAACAAUAUUGUUAUGUGGGAAUGAUUUUUCAGUCCCUGUUAAACUUGGUAUUAUCGGUGCAUUUAUGCCAGCAAUGCAGAAGUAUCUGAAAGAAAAUAAAAUUCCAAUUGUUCAACAGCGAGAAAACUGGCAUUUUCAAAAACCCUUAAUUUCGGUUGGUGAUCUAGAAGAAAAUAAUAUACCUAUAGAAAGCAACACGAAACAUCAAGAAAUUAAAAAGGAAAGAAAUGAAUGUGCUACUAAGAUUCAAAGAAGUAUAAGAAUGUUCGAUUUUGAUGCUGCGGCCUCUAGUUUGCUUGUUAAUUGCUUGGUAAAGAAAGAAAUGCCACAGCGUUGGAGUGACGUAGUUGUUUUAUUGAAAAUCAGUCACUUUUUCGAAGCUGACCUCAUUAUUCAACACUGUUACAUGACAGGGGAAAAAUUGUUGUCAAUUGACAAUGACCAUUGCUAUGAAGCAAUUCAGUUAAUGACGUUGUACAAAUUUGAUAAUUGGUGCAACGCAGUUGCAUCAAUUAUAAAGCGUGAUAAUACCUGGAAAAAAGAAACGAUUUGGGAUUCCUUUUUCAAUGGAAAUAAUGAAGUUAUGUGUAAGAUCACAAGGAUCUUAUUUGGGAAUAGUACACCUAGUCCUGAACGGUUUGAAACAUUUAACAAUAUGGUAACACGAUAUCUCUUGCAAUACUAUGUGGAAAAUGAUGAAAAAAUUUUGCUUUGUGGUGAUGGGUAUAACAUUCCAAUUACCCUUGGCGUCAUUAAUACUUUCAUACCCGUGAUGAAAACCUGUCUAGAAACAAAAGUCAAUGAAAGUAAAGAUUGCACGGAAGUACCAGUUCAAGAAGAAAAAAAUGACACACAAGAAGAAGAAAAUGACAAAAAAGAAGCUGAAAAUGAUAUACAAGGAGCUAAAAAUAACAUACAAGAUGAAGAAAAUGGCAUACAAGAAGCAGAAGGAGGAAUACAGGAAGUGGAUAAUGAAAAAGAGAAAAGAAAUUUGAGGAUCAUUAGGGUUCAGAAGUUUGAUGAAGAUUGCGUUAAAUUGCUGGUAAAUUGUUUCCAAGAGGAAAUUUGGGAACUAGAUUGGUCAGACAUGGUCAAGUUACUAGAAGUCAGUCAUUUUUACCAAGCUGUUGCUGUUAUUCAGACAUGUUACGAAAUUGGCAACAAGUUGAUUCAAGCAACAAACGACGCCCAGCAUUAUUACGAAGCAAUCGAAUUGAUGACGUUAUAUGGAUUUGACGACUGGUGCCAGGAGAUUGCGAAAAAAAUGAGAGCUGGUCAACUUUGGAAAAAUGAAGAAAAUUGGAAAGCACUUUUUACAGAUAAUGUAGAUGUUAUGUGUAAAGUAACAAGAAUGAUGUCGGACAUACAUUUUAACUAAAAUUAAACACUUUAAAUACGAUUCUAAAUUACCUGAAGUGGAUAAAUUUUGGGGAGGAUUAAAUUUGACGAAUUUCGGCGAAAUUCGCCAAAUUAAAUACCUGCCAAAGUUUUGAUAACUGACCUAUUCGCCAAAUUAAAUACUUACCAAAUUUAACAUAAUUUACCGUUCGGCAAAUUAAAUCCCAGCCAAAUUUAAAAAAAAUACGUUUUUUUUUAAAUCACACAUGCGGAGUAGUGUGAUAUGUUGGUUUACCCUUUCGUCGCGGCGGCGGCGGCGGCAGCUGUCUUCAGGAAAGUUUCAACACACUGGUUUCAAGUCAUUGUUAUUGCUCAUUUCACUAGAUGAAAAAUUCUCUACUAUUUUCUCGCAUAAACGGAAAGCUCGUGUUGUUGUGCUUGAUACAAACUUGGAGGAAAGAAUACGGAAGGAGAAACAACUUCAUUUCUGUACGCUUUAAAUGUAUUGAAUUUUCUAUUGUUUUUAAUUUCAAAAGAAUCAGUGCGUGAGGUGCUCGACCGAGUCUUUUUCGCAAAAAAAAUGAUUAAAUUCCAUAUUAACUUUUUUCUAUUGAAAUCUGAGUGUAACACGCUGCAGGCACGUGAUAUUUGUAUGGAAAGUGUGCCUAAUAUAAGUCGGUAAACAUUGCUGUUAAAAACGUCAACAAUACGUUUGGAAAAAAGCGUUUAACCAUGAUAAUAACCUAUUUUUGCAGGCUUGAGUAUACCACUUUGAUCAUGAAAAACAAUAUAGAUAGAUAUGCGCCGGACGAGUGCCGACAAAAUGUGUGCUGGAUUAAUGUUUAUUCUAACUAAAGAAAUAACUUCUUAUAACAAAACGUCGUUUUAAAACGAGAUAUAAACUUUUUCUUUUUGUUUACAAAAGUGUCGAGCAUGUGCUUCUUCGCUAAUUAUGUUAACAUAAGAACAAAAGAAAUUUUACCGACUUUAAUAUGGCUUCUUGUUUUGAUAAUAUUAUCAAAUUCAUCAUCAAAUUAUCUAAUUGUUUUUAUAACCAAUCAUAGUUGCGAAUUGAUAUUCACGAAUAAUUUAGUCACACAACCACCAAAAUUUCAAAUUAAGUUUCUAUACAGACACCUGCUAGAACCUCACGCAGUGUUUCAAUAGAAUUAAAAGAGUUGUUUCUCCUUCCGUAUUCUUUCCUCCAAGGUACAAAGUUAAUGAAGAAGUUAUCUUUAUCUUUAGCUGUUUUUAUUAAAACAUGGCGCUAAGUUAAGAUGAAGAAAAAAGCUGUUGUUGCUGAAAUUUUUCAAGCAAAAAUGAAAUGAAGUAAAUAUAAUUUAAAAACCAACAAUUUUAGAUUGAUUUGAAAGGACGCUGAUGUUUUAAAGUGUUUUUAUGUUACAAUACGUAACAUUUCUUUCUGCUUGUAGAGUUUCUCAUAGCUAGCCAGGAUUAAAGACUUAAAGAAUUAAGCAGGGAUUUUCUUUUCUUCUUUUCAGCGAAACAAAUGAACAAGCAAACAAACAAACCAAUUUUUAUUAUGUGUAUUCUGCCAUGUAUAAAAGAAUCGUAGCUAAGAAUUUGAGUGUCGUAUAAUUUAUUGGGGUUUUUCUGGACAAUGUUGUAUUAACAUAUAAAGUUCUAACUUCUGGAAAAAUAUAAUUUUUUCUAUUUUUUCACAUGUGGUCUCACAAAAGCAAAACUUAUAUUCGGUUGUUUUGCUUUCCUUUUGCAUAUUCUUUUGAAAUAAGUUCUCACGUGCAGAGGAAAAAACAUUUUUGAAAAGAAGCUUUUGUCCGGAGUGAUCAGAAUGUUUGAUAAAAUUUUAAAGCAUGCAAAAAGUGUGACGACCUCCUACACGGUGAUUUUGAGAAUUUUAUUUCACACGUCAAAAGCUGGGUUUAUUCUUGGCUAGUUUCUUUUACCUCCUUUGACACACCAUGUUCUAAUUAGCUUUUUGAACAAUUUCGUUUAAAUUUUAGCCCUUCUCAAAAACAAAAUUUACGAAUAUGCAAGUGAUGCAACUGGAAUUGCAGGUUAUUAUUUUUUUACUAAUAUCUGGAUCAGUAUUAUAAUACAACAUAUUCUUUUAAGGAACGCGUCGACUGAAAUGUUUUUUCGUCAUGUGUGGUUGUAAUCCGACCGCGGUUUUUUGUUUAAAUAAAAAAAAGAAAAAUGUUUUUUUCCCAUAAAACCAACUUAUUUUAUAUUCACAACAAGUUUUAUAAAUAAAAUUCAUUUCUUUGUGUCAUUCGGCAAAAUAAAUCCCUGGCAAAACAAACAUUUGUUGUACUCGCCAAAAUGAAUCCUCGCCAAAUUUUAUAAAAUUUAUCAUUCGGCAAAUUAAAUACUCGCCAAAAUUUAUCCACUUAGGGUAAGACAUCAGCUACAAUCGUGAACAUAAAUUAUGAGACAAAUCAGAAAUUCAUAUAAAAUUGGAGUUUGUCACUCCCCCCUCCCCCAAUCUCAAUGUUGUGAAGUCAAAUAUCUGUCAAAUGCAAGUCUAGGCUGUCCACAACAUUGAGAAAGGGGAAGGGGAUUUUUGAAGAAAUUUUUAUCCAAAAAUGUCUCGAUACAUUAUGCCCACGAUUGCACCUAAAAUAUCAAUCCUAUUCUCAUGCUAAACUUUAAGAAGAAAGGAUUAAUUUACACUUUUAUUGUCUCUGGAAUGACUCAACCGCGGUUUUGAAUCCGAGAUGUUUCACAUUGCAGACAAAGCUCUACCAAAAAUUUUUGAACUUGCUUUCCGAGCCAUAUGAACAUUGAUAAGAAUUGACCAAAAAUCUUCAUUUAUUUUUUGUUGAUAUUACAAAUUUUUAUCAAAGUUAACAAUUAAGAUGACCAGCAAUAUGGCCAGCACGAUGGACUUUACAUCUACUUUGAAGGUUUAAAAAAAAAAUGGAAUAACAAAAUUUGAAAGAAAAUUACAGUUUGUCCUCAAUUGAAGUGGGGACAUCAAGAGUUUUUUAAAGAAAUACUCAUUAGCAUUUUCGAAAAAAAUUGAUCUUUGAUUGAGAUGUUAAAAUUCGAUGUUUCUCUAUCUUAAAGAUACUGAGGAACUGACAUUUGUUUUAUAUUACGUAGAAACCUUUGUCAAUAACAGUCAAUUUAAUUAACAUUUUUUUUACGCCAAAAUCCGCACGCUAGUUCAAUUUUUGUUAAAUAGAAAGUAACCUAACAUUUAGCCACCCGAUGGCAAGCAAAUGACGUUAUUAGUCACAUCAUGGCGUCGUGACGUGUUAUUAAUUUUUCCUUUUUUGACUUAUUUUAAGGUUGACAACUUUCCUCCCAAACCUUAAUUUCCUAAAAAAACCCAAAAGGCUUAGUGGAAAUAUGGGUAAUCGAUUUGCGCCUAUUUUCAAACAAAGUCUUUUUCAAGUGUUCAUUUCUAAUGUGCUCCAAAGAAACCAAUAACUUAUUUGUAGAAGAUCUUAAGUCAAAUGGCAUGAAAGAAAUAGAAUAACGAAAUAAAAUACUUUUGAUGUCAUUAAUCUGAGAAAAUAAGUACAUGUUACAGUACAUUGUUUUCUUUCUUUUAUCCAUUCUGGUAGAUUAAAAACGGACGCAAAACCUGGUAACUAUGUUAUAAUUUUUUUACCAUUGUGUUCAGUUUUCAAGUGUUUUACAAGAAUAAAGGAAAUGAUAGUAUAAUAUUGUCCUAGCGAGAUACAAUAGUCUAUCUUGAAUGUGUGUUUUGAUUUUUAGCUAUAUGUAAAGGUCGACUGACUUUCACCGAUUGUAGAUCUUCUUUAAACUUAAGUAUACUGCUUUUUUUUAAAUAACUCUUUUGUGGUAUACUGCACGGCUAUUGUACUAAAUGAAUUUUUAUACUUAUGCAGAAGGUAUAUGCAUGACCACUUUGUUACGUAUACUUUUUUAUUACACUUUGGCAAAUUUAAUAAUGACUUUAUUCAUCAUUAUCUACAGAAUUUGAAACUCACAACACAGCUACCUUGAUUUUAUCAAAUGGAAAUUCGAUUUUUGUGGAUUUUGUGUGACACAGAUUUCAGAUAAUUAUGCGGCUUGUAUUUGUCUAUACAUCAAUAAAAUCAACCUAUAGCAUCGAAUAGGUCAACCCAACAAGGUAGAAAGGAAUAAAAAAGCUUUGGCUGUAUUUUAUAUUGUUUUAGAAAACUCCCCUUUCGAACACGUAUAUGUUUUAUUUCAAUUUUUUUAUUUCAAAUUAUAGGCAAAUAUGCUACGACGGCGCUAUCUGGUAACUAAUUUUUAGUUUUUGCUCUGGGUAUUAUAGUUUUGCAGGUUUUGAAAAGAAAUAUAAAAAUUAUUGUAAAUGUUUUAUAUUGUGGUCAAUAGCGUUUUCAAAUUAGCGAUGUCAUUACAUUGUUCUUUAAAUUUUGAA